GGCCGGUUUGAGAGCUGCAGGGACAGAGGGAGGAAGGCUGCCGAAGGAUGCACAGCCUGCCCCGUGGUCGCCCGCACACUCUGCCGCUUGAGACCGACCUGCCUACACCGCUGCCCGCCUGCCCGACCCCACAAUGCGUGCGCCAGGCCUCCUGGCGCCCCUGCUGGGGCUGGGCCUGGGGCUGGCGCUGAGUCUGCCGCCCCCGGUGGCCACGGACUGCACGUCGCUCGGCCCCUCCGAGCGCCUGGCAUUCUCCCCAGCGGCCAGGACCCGCUGGCUGGCCCCCCAAGUCAGGGCGCCGGGGCCCCUGGACCCCCUUUAUGGCAUGGUGCGCCGCUUCCUGUCCGUGGUGCAGCUCAACCCCUUCCCUUCGGAGUUGGUAAGGGCCCUGCUGAACCAGCCGUCCUCCUUGAAGGUGGAUGAGGUGGUGCGGUACGAGGCGGGCUACGUGGUGUGCGCAGUGACCGCGGGCCUCUACCUCGUGGCAGUGCCCACGACCGGCCUCUGCUUCUGCUGUUGCCGCUGUCGCCGGCGCUGUGGUGGCCGUGUGAAAACUGAGCACAAGGCCAUGGCCUGUGAGCGUGGCACGCUCAUGGCCUUCCUGCUGCUGACCACCAUCAUAUUGCUGGCUGGUGUGGUCUGUGCUUUUGUCACCAACCAACGCACACAUGAGCAGAUGGGGCCCAGUGUUGAAGCUGUGCCUGAGACACUGCGCAGCCUCCGGGGCCUGGUCUCCGAUGUCCCCGGGGAGCUCGAGGCCGUGGCUAAGCAGUUCUCUGUGCCCCAGGAGCAAGUCUUGAAGGAGCUGGACGGGAUUGGUGAGAGCAUCGGCCCCACCAUUCACAGCCAGCUCAGGAGCACCAUGUACUCGGUGCUGGCCUCGGUACACAGCCUGGGCCAGGCCCUGCAGGUCUCCACGGACCAGCUCCGUGCCCUGAACAGCACCUUGGUGGAGCUGCGGGAGGGACAGCAGCAGCUGGUGCUGGCUCUUGCGAAGCACCGAGACCGCCUGCUCGCCCUGCUGCAGCAGCCUGGGUGCGGGAAGGACUGCACAGACACCCAGGACCGGGCCCAAGCCCUGGAGCUGGCCGCUGACUUCACCCAGGUGCCCCCUGUGGAUAAUGUCUUGCAUCACCUGAAGGGUGUCCCCGAGGCCAACUUCUCCAACAUGGUCCAGGAGGAGAACACUACCUUCAACAGCCUCCCGUUCCUGGUGGCCAUGCAGAUGGAGCUUGUGAUCAAAGAUCUGAAGGAGGCGGUGGCCCAGAAGCCAGAAGGCAUGGGGACACUGGCUGAAGCGUUCCCUGAAUUGGAAGCAGCUCCCCGCUGGAGCCGGGCCCUGGAGGAGCUGGAAGAAAACAGCCGUCCCUAUCUGCAGGAGGUGCAGAGAUACGAGACCUACAGGUGGACGGUGGGCUGCGUGCUGUGCUCCGUGGUCCUGCUCGUGGUGGCCUGUAACCUGCUGGGCCUCAGCCUGGGCAUCUGGGGACUGUCUGCCAGAGAGGACCCCAGCCAAUCGGAAGCCAAGGGCGAGGCUGGAGCCCGCUUCCUCAUGGUGGGGGUGGGCUUCAGCUUCCUCUUCGCCGCGCCCCUCAUCCUCCUGGUCUUCCUCACCUUCCUGGUGGGCGGCAACGUGCAGACCCUGGUGUGCCGGAGCUGGGAGAGCGGGGAGCUCUACCAGUUUGCAGACACCCCGGGGAACCUGCCCCCAUCCCUGAACCUGUCCCACCUUCUCGGCAUGAGGAAGAACGUCAGCGUCCUCCUGACCUAUCAGCAGUGCAGGGAAGGGGCUGCCCUCUGGAAGGUCCUGCAGCUGGAUGACUCCUACAACCUGGAGAAGCACCUGGAUAUCAGCCAGUACACCCACAACCUGCAGCAGAACUUGCAGAACUUCAAGCCGAAUGUGCAGAAUCUGGAGCUGUUGAGCCCGGAGGCUCACCGGGACCUGGAGGCGUUGCAGAACAGUGGGCUGGAGAAAGUCGACUACCAGGCCUUCCUCGUGCAGAUCCAGAGGCCUGUGGUGAAGACUGACCUGGAGCCGCUGGCCCAGGAGCUGGAGGGGCUGGCCCAGGCCCAGGGCAAUUCUUCGUUGGGGCAGCAGCUGAGAAUGGAGGCCCAUGGGCUUAGAGAUCUCUAUCGGGAGAAGGUUGUCCCCCAGCAGCACCUGGUGGCAGAGCUCAACCUCAGCGUCAGGGCCCUGGAAUCCGCUGCCCCUCGUCUUCAGCUGCAGACAGCGGGCGUCCUGAGCCAAGUCGCUGACCUCGAAAGAGAGCUGCCUGCCAGGGCCGCCCGCAUCCUGAUGAACGAAAGUGCCUGCUUCCUGAGCCGGGAGUUGAGCUACUUCUCGCAGUACUUGGCCUGGGUGAGAGAGGAGGUGACUCAGCGCAUCGCCACCUGCCAGCCCCUCUCCACAGCCCUGGACAAUGGCCGUGUGAUCCUGUGUGACAUGGUGGCCGACCCCUGGAACGCCUUCUGGUUCUGCCUGGCCUGGUGCACCUUCUUCCUCAUCCCCAGUAUCAUCUUUGCUGUGAAGACCUCCAAAUACUUCCGUCCCAUCCGGAAACGCCUCAGCUCUACCAGCUCUGAGGAGACUCAGCUCUUCCACAUCCCCCGGGUCACCUCCCUGAAGCUAUAGGACCCAGCAGGGCAAGGUGCCCCCUGGGACUGCCUGUCCCCCCACUUUGAUUCAGCCUGGACUAGAGGACUUCUGUAGCUCUUGCCCCAGAGCCCAAGCUGGCCCCAGACCUGGGCUGUCCCCCAAUUCCACCUUCCCUGGCCCCAUCCUGCCUGUUCCCUUUCCACCCUUCUCUGCUCAUAACCUCCUUCAUUCACCUCCCAAAUCAUACAGCACCUGCAGGUUCCUCCAGGUGUCUCGCCCUUAUCCUCCUUGCUGCAAUACAUCAGCACCAAGGAGCACCUGCUCUUCACCUAUUGGAACCCCUUCCCCAGCCCCUUGGGUGGGACAGAAGCCCUGCCCAGCCCUGCCCUGUCCCCACCCGGGGCCCCCUCUGUUCCUCUCCAAGCUCCUCUUGUCCUCACCUCCCAUCAGCCCCAGAUUCCCUCCUGCUCCCUCCCCAGCCCUCUCCUUCCUCCUCCAGGGAAGUCCUCCUCUCCCUUCAUACCCUCUUUAUCUUGUCCCCACUAUUAUCUUGCUGGCCCCAGGGACUCCUCUGCUCAACCAAACUAAUCAGGUAAACCACCAGACAAAGGCCACCACGGCCCAGGUCUGGGCUUGGGCUCUGCCUGGUGGCCCCUGAGCCCUCCACUGCCCUGGGCCCCUGCCUGGACUUAAGGGACCUCAGUGGGGCGAGCGGCCUCUAAGGCCUGAGCCUGGCCUGCACCGGGUUAGGAGUCCUUGUGUCGGCCCCACCCCUCCCUGCGUCCCCUCCCUGCGUCCCUCCCUGCGUCCCUCCCUGCGUCCCCUCCCUGCGUCGGCUUCUCGGGAGGCAGAGUCUUCCCCAGCAGCUUUCCCAGGAGGGCCCUGGUGGCCGGGAUUGGCACUGCCCCUUCUCCCCUGUGUACAUGGCUCAGGCCAUCCCAGCCCGUCCCCGUCAUCACGGCCCUGCUGAACGGAGUUCCACAAGGGAGAGGAGAAGAGAGGUCAGCUCUCCGUUCCCUGGAAGCCUCCUCGGCUUGGGGUCCCAGAAGCCAGGUCUCUCCGGCUGGGUCCCUGAACACAGCUGGGGUUUAACGAGGUGGUAGAGACAGAGUUCCGAGGCCUCUUCUGACUUCAGGCAUCCAGGGACGACCCAGCCACCAGCAAAUGGGAGCAGCACCCCUCUGGGAGCCUGCUCAGGAGCAGCCAGACCUGGCCCCCAGCCUGGCUCUGGUGCUGGCUGGCUGGGCACCGUGAACAUGCACUGCAGGCCCUCACCUCCGUGUCUCCUUUCAUGGCAUAGAGGCACCGUAGCCCCAUGGAGGGUUGUGACAAUUAAACGUGAUUUGUGGAAUGCCCUUGGCCGAGGGCUGCUGUCUUCCAUCACGACUUAACUGGACCAAAGGCAGAGCCAGGGUCUGGGUGCGCACAAGGGAAAGGGGAGAUGGGUCCGUAUUCGAAGGCCAAAGCCCAUGACAGCGGUGGUCUCCUGAAUUUCAGGGAGUGUCUGUGUUUAAUUGCAUCUUACAAACCAGCAAAAGAUUUUCCACUGGGAAUCAGGGUGGUGCCUAUGUGACAUCUCCAACAAGCAUCCUCAGAUUCAGCCCAGUCGCUCUUCUUGGCUUUCCCCAGAGGGUUUUAUUUGUUGGUUUUGAUGUUUGCUCACAGGCCGGCUUGUGCAGAGGAAGUGGCACCCUGCAUAUUAAAAAUGCAAUGGGCGACAUUGAAACAAAUAAAGUUGAACUGAGUGCCAUGGCACACACCUGUACUCCCAGCAACUCAGGAGGCUGAGGAAGGAGGGUCACAAGUUCAAGGCCAGCCUCAGCAACUUAGUGAGACCCUAAGCAAUUUAGCAAGACUCUGUCUCCAAAUAAAAAUAGAAAAGGUCUGGGGAUGUAGCUCAGUGGUAGAGCUCUCCAGUACCAUAAAAAAUAAUAAUGAAGUAGAAAUAAUGUAAAAGACAUGUCCAGUUCUCUAUUAUAAUUGCCUCUUAUCAUCAAUAUAUUUAAGCAUAGUUUUGACUUUUUGUUUUGUUUGUGGUGAGAGGGAUUGAGCACAGGGCCUCGUGCUUGCUAGGCAAGCUCUCCACCGCUGAGCUCCAUCCCCAGCAGCAGAGCUAUUUUAAAGUUGAGCAAUUCCCUUGUGUGGAGACCCAUGGGUCUGUUUCUAGUGGCUGUUUUUUCCCCUGGGUUUUGUUCGAUUUCUCGUAUCCCUCUUUGGGUACUUGGUGGAUUUUGACUGAGUUGGGUACUCACUGUAUCUGAAACCAGUAGGAGGCCUGGGAUGAAGUUCUCUUCCUCCAGGAAACCUAUGUUUACAUCUGCAGGUGUCUGAGGACCUGGCAAACCAGGUCGCUUGAGUCCACUUGUGGGAAAGAGAUGAUUUUUCCGUCCCUGGGCGUAAUUCUUCAUUUCCACUUGACUCAUUCCUAGCAGGAGGGUCUCUGGGGUCCCAGCCUGGUUUGUCGCCCCAGAAGUUGUUCAAAACUCUGCACCUUUGUGGUAUCUUCUCUAGGGAGAAAGUAGCCCCGGUGCUGGGCACAGGUCUCUGGAUGUCCUUCUUUCCCAGGUCUUGGCACUAUGAUCCGUGGCUGUCUGGUUUGUUUCCUGGUGCCCUCAAUCACCCUUAAAUAGACCUACAUAAGUAUACAUUGUAAAUAUUAAAUGUAUACAUUAUGCAUAUUAAAUAAAUCAGUAGGUUAAGAA